CUUGUUGGGGGACACUUUUCCGACAAAGUUGUGGAAAGGGUAAAAAGUGGAAGUGUUUUCCGUGGAACUGGUGAUAACUGGGAUUUGAGAGUAUUGUCGGGGCACAUGAGGAAAGACAUUCAGAAUGUAGAUCUUCACCUAUUUGCCUCUAAUCUCAUUGAAAACAGAGUUAACUUUCAUCACCUGCCAAAUAACACCCCAAAAGGAAACAUUGCUAAUUUCCCUCGCCGCAAUUUCUCUUUAAGUGUGAUGGAAUGGAAGAUGUAUGCCGAAUCUGCGAAAGUAAUUGUGGGUAGAAUUAUCCUGGAGUUUUUCCCUAAGUUCAAGUGCUUAAAGUCUGUUAUUCCUACCCAUAUUCCACAUGUGUACAGCAAUAAAAUGGCUCAAAAAUCUACCAUCGUGAACCUGCCAAUAAUUAAUGCAAAUGAGGCCAAAUAUGAAGAUUGUGUGCUCAUUUUAAGGACAUAUGAGAAGUGGAUCGCAGAAAUUUUCGUGAAAGCAGGGUUGCUGGAGAAAAUUCCUGAUGUUGAAAACCCUCCAGUACCAGAAGGACCAGCAGCACCAGGUCAAACACAAGCGCAUAGUGUUGAUACUGCUGAUGAUCCUAUGAAAGAAAUGAAAAUAGCUUUUGCCGGGGACCAACUAACAAGAGUCAGAUUUGCGGGAGCGAAAGAUUUACUCUCUGGAUCCCACACCCCAUCAGAUCGGUUUGAGCACUGCUCCCCGUUCAAGCCAGUUAUGUGGCAUACCAGGGCUUCCCUACUACAGUACUCCUAUUCGUUUCUUCACAAAGCACAAUCUGUCAAUCAAGUAGGCACUAUUAAAUUCUUCAGAGAGAGGUAUAAUCGACGCAAUUCGACCCCAGCCAAAGUACUGGAUUCGUUACAAGGCAGUGAAGAAUUGUUCAUCAGCGUCGGAAGGGCGUACAUUGUUACUGCAGCUCUAGACUUCUUUGGAAUGUCAAGUACUGAUGAUGCUCCAACUAUAAACAAACUUCCUGCAAACAUUUCUCGUGAGACAGAGGAAAACAAGAAGAAAUACUUUGAUGAUGUAUUCGGCCGGUUUAUCAAUAAAUAUCUUCUACAGAAAGAUGACAAUAGUGUUGCCGAUGAUGAGGAUGAUUACAUUCGAAACUAUGCAUUAUGUUGCAUUUUCCUGACUAUUUUGAUUCUUCAAAUGAAAGAUACAUCAGCAGAAGGAGACGGUGAACGAAACCUUAUAAAUCAAAAACUUUUAUUGUCUGUGUUCAAAUCAUUGGGCUCGUACAGCAAGUAUGCAUUGGAGAUGUUCACAAGUAUCGCUCAGAUUGAAUGUUUGCUGACUCCACGUCGCUCUGAAGAGUUCAAGUGGGGCUUUUUUGUUAACUGGUGUGGGGGUGAGGGAAAAAACAUCGAAGAUGAUUUAGCACAGGAAAUCAGCAACCGCGUGAGCAAAGGUAUAGUUCAGAGGCAGGGGGCAAAUAAAACCAUCCAGUCAAUCAGUAAAGUAUGUAGGGCGACUAGUGGUAUACAACGAAUAACGGAACAGUUUGACAUAUCUGCUGGAAUUCAUAAGGUUUCGGUGCAACAUACAAGUCGAGACUCGAUCAAAGAUGAAAAAGAAAUGAUCGAAGAUCUAACUCAAUUGGAUCCUUUCAACCAUGAGCCUGGAAGAUGCCAUGAUAGCUUUCCAAGUAUCAAAAGCUGUCCUCUCAAAUAUUUAAAUGUAGUAGAAUUUCACCAAUGGCUAGAAAAACACAAGAAAGAACUGUCAAACAUAAAAUAA